CAGACGUUCACCGAGUCCGUGUCCGCAGAGAGCAACCGGAUGGCCUCCCGCGACGCCGCUACCGACGAUGUCGCCGUCGAGCUCCUGCCGUUCAUCCGCCUCUACAAGAGCGGCCGCGUUGAGCGCCUGAUCGGCAACGACACGGCCCCCGCCUCCCUCGACGACGGUACUUCUACCGGCGGCGUCGCCUCCAAGGACGUCACCAUCGACCCCGCCACCAACCUCUCCGUGCGCCUGUACCUUCCCACGGCGGCUGGCGCCGGGGACAAGCUGCCCAUCGUCGUGUACUUCCACGGCGGCGGCUUCAUGGUCGAAUCGGCCAGCUCCGCCAAGUACCACCGCUACCUCAACGCACUCGCCGCCCGCGCCGGCGCCGUCGCGGUGUCCGUGGACUACCGCCGCGUGCCGGAGCACCGGCUCCCGGCGGCCUACGACGACUCGUGGGCGGCGCUCGCGUGGGCCGUCGGCGCCGCCUGCGGCGACGAGUCCGAGCCGGAGCCAUGGUUGACCAAGCACGGGGACCCUUCCCGCGUGUUCCUGGCUGGGGACAGCGCGGGCGCGAACAUCGCCCACAACGUCGCCAUGCGCGCGGCCGUCGCCGAGGGUCUCCCGGCGAUCAGGAUCAGGGGCGUGCUGCUGAUGCACCCGUACCUCUGGGACGCGUCCGACGCCAUGGGACCCGACCUGGAGGAGCGCAUCCGCCGCGAGUGGCAGCUCAUGACGGGGCGCCCUGACGCGCGGGUGGACGACCCAUGGCUGUCGCCGACGUCCGCACGGGCGCCGCCACUCGCGCUGCUGCCGACGCAGCGGGUGCUGGUUGCCGUGGCCGGGGAGGACUUCCUGGCGCCCAAGGGGCGAGCCUACCACGCGGCGCUGCUGCACAGUGGGUGGCCCGGCGAGGCCGAGCUGGUGGACACUCCGGGCGAGCAGCACGUGUUCCACCUCGACCAGCCCGGGACGGCGGUGGCCGAGGAGUUGAUGGAUCGUGUGGUGGCUUUCAUUGCUGGAGCUUGACGGCAGUGACAGAGUAACAAAAACAAUGCAUUGCAUUGUAACCUGUGGAAGCACCGGAACGGCAUGGUCUACCAGAAAUGGCCGUCACCGGAUAUUAGGAGGUUACCACAAGACAUUGUGCACGAGGUCGAGGAGUGGGUAGAGGCAAGUUCUUAACGCUAUCGGUGCCUUCAGGAGCUUGGUCGCAAACAAACAAUGCCAUGUAAAAUAUCGCUUAUUGAUGUAUCCAGUAGCUAGGGUGAUCCAGAGCGUUAUUGGCUUCUUGCCGAUAACGGGUUCAAAAACUUUGUAACAUUUGGUUAUCCAACCGUUACUCAACCCAACUA